AAAAUCCAUUUUUAAUUGAAUGACGGACAAGGCCGACAGGAGGCUCUAUCCGUGUUAUUCAUCGUUCAUUCCAUUUUCCUUGUGUGGUUCCCUUUGAGUCAAGUGCAAUUUUUCGCAGUGGAUUUUGCAGCUUGAAUAUCUAACCCAGUUAGAGCAGUUGCGUUGACUGAUAAAACUACAAGCAAAGCUACUAAAGCGACAGUGUUUCUCCUCUGAUUGAUCACUCGUCCGAAAAAAUUCAGAAAAGCAGCGUGCUAGAUUGCUCGACCAUGUCGGGUGAUCACAAAACAGUAAUCAAAGGCAAUCCUUCCCAGUAUGUGAAGCUCAAUAUAGGUGGUUCGUUGCAUUACACCACGAUUGGCACACUCACCAAGCAUGACACCAUGCUUAGGGCAAUGUUCAGUGGGAGGAUGGAAGUCCUCACUGAUUCUGAAGGUAUCACAUUAGUAGAGAGAAAACUAACAAAAUUUGCUAAUAGGUUUUUAACUCUGCUUUCAGGGUGGAUUCUGAUCGAUCGCUGCGGGAAGCAUUUCGGCACAAUCCUCAACUAUUUGAGGGAUGGCAGCGUUCCUCUUCCUGAUAAUAGCAAAGAGGUUGCAGAGUUGCUGGCUGAAGUCAAAUAUUACUGCAUCCAAGACCUGAUCGAAGCGUGUGAGAUGGCUCUCUUGAAAAGAGAACGAGAGGCUGAGCCAAUUUGCAGGGUGCCUCUCAUCACUUCUCAGAAAGAAGAGCAACUGCUCAUCAAUUCUACGGCUAAACCAAUUGUGAAAUUACUGAUCAACCGCCACAACAACAAGUACUCGUACACUAACACAUCAGAUGACAACCUAUUGAAAAACAUUGAACUCUUUGACAAGCUCUCCCUAAGAUUCAGCGGAAGAGUUUUGUUCAUCAAGGAUGUGAUAGGAUCUACUGAGAUUUGCUGCUGGGGUUUCUACGGACAUGGCAAAAAAGUCGCUGAAGUCUGUUGCACAUCCAUAGUGUAUGCCACAGACAGGAAAAACACUAAAGUAGAGUUUCCAGAAGCUAGGAUCUAUGAGGAGACCCUGAACAUUCUUUUGUAUGAAAAUCGCACAGGCCCGGACCAAGAACUGAUGCAAGCCACGUCCUCCAGAACCGCGGUGGCAGCAGGCAUGACUUCUUACACCAGUGAUGAGGAGGAGGAGCGAUCUGGUCUUGCCCGUUUGCGAUCUAACAAGCAGAAUAACCCCUAGCGCAACUGCCUCCCCCCACAAUCGGGGAGGCCAAUGCAGAGCUUGUUUCGCUUGUGAGAAACUCACUCUUAUCGAAACCUCGACGGUUUUUGCUGCAUUGUUUCGAAUGUUGCCUCCCAUAUCGUUGAUUUCCCAUGUCCAAACUGGGUUUAUUUCUUACUGUAUGCACAUAAUCGCAGUUCCUAAGUCGUUAUAUAAUUUGCUAAUUUUAUUACAAUUUUUACAAGAAGCGUUAAUCCUCCCUUGAGUUGAUUCCUGGCAGCGAUUUUGCCUUAAUUUGUCCCGUAUGAAAGAGAAUGCAGCUCGAGCUUGUAAAUGAAGUAUAAUCAACAUUGCUGUUGCAGAAACUGAUUUCACUGUUUCAAAUAGACGCUCUUAAACAGUAAAAAAGUGUUUAUAAAGAUCUCCACCAACUAUUUUGUAUGUGAUCUUUAACUUGUUAGGCUACAAUUGGACUGAUCUCGAUUUGAUAGUAGAAGUAUUAUUUUUAGGUCAAUGAGAUCAGUCAAAUUAUACCUCAAAGGCUCCGUGCAAAAAUAAGAAAAGCCAUUUUUAAGUGUAAAAUCACAACAUGCAGGGAAUGCAUUCAAAACUGCCUCACCAUUCAAACAAGCGAACAAAGUAUUGGAGGCACUAUUCAUUUUCACUCCACUUUUGAAUACAUUCCCAAGUUGGUGCAAAAUUUACAAUUUAUCUAGAACUGAUAAAAAAAGUUGUAAUUUUUCAUAUAGUCCAGAAAAUCAUUAUCACACAUAUUAAUGUUGGGUGUGCAAAUAAAAUCCAAAGUAACAUUCAAAGACUGCUUGAGAAGAAACCUCAACAUCAAGGUUUACCUGAAUCAGAGGGUUCUGCUAGAUUUUGUCAGCUAACUAACAAAAUGCAAAGGGCUUUAAUUGUGAUAUUGGAAAGUUAGGAGAUGUCACUCGUAACAUGAUUAUUCUGUAAAAUUUUCUACUCGUGUAUUUAAUUUAAUCAAAUGUAAUAGCUUACUUAACAAGAGAAAUGACAAAUUCCCAAACACCUAACUAACUUAUAAUCUUUGGUGUGCCAAAAUUCUAUGUGCAAAAACCGCAGCCUUCUUGCCCCCACUCAGUAUUCACAAGGAUGAUCGUAGCAUGUGAAACAUUCCUUACUCCAUGAUGGACCUUGGAAACAAGUGUGCCAGUGUACAGUAUUAAAACGAAUUUAAACCCACCCGAAUAUAUUCAAAUUGUGAACACCAAAUACAAUAAGUCAGACAGGAUUAGAUGAUGAUUGUGAUGAGCGAUCACUUCAGAUAAUUAUCUGCUAGAGCAGAAGCUGGAGUGAUACAUGUAAAGUUGGUCAAGUCUCAUAAUUGAAUAUUUGUAACUGGAAUAUUUUAGCGCAUAAUAAAUUUAAGAAAUCAACAGAUA